AAAAAUUCCUCAAAUAAGACUCGGGAGUACGAACUCCUGAUGAAAUGAUUGACGAAAGCAAAACCCUAAAAGAAGAGCCAAGUGAAUGAAUGACAAAGUUGCACCUGCUAUGUCCUCUAGGUCUGGGUCUGGGUGGGAGUUGCUUUAUCAGGUUUUGUAGGAGGGGGUUCCAAGCUGUCUCAUCUUCCAGCUCCACCGCCACCGCCACCGUCACCGCCACUGCUAAGCAGAUGUCAACGGAAUGCUGUACGUUCGGCCCAUAUAAGGUAGACCCCAAGGAAGUCUUCUACUCCACCCCGCUUUCCUAUGCCAUGGUCAACCUCCGUCCCGUUGUUCCUGGUCAUGUGCUUGUCUGCCCAAGGCGUGAAGUUAAGCGCUUUGUUGAUCUAACUAUUGAUGAGACUACUGAUUUAUGGCUAACGGCUCAGAGGAUUGGUGGGGGGCUUGAGUGCUACCACAAAGCGUCAUCUCUCACUUUUACCAUCCAAGAUGGGCCACAAGCAGGGCAGACAGUACCUCAUGUUCACAUUCAUAUCCUUCCCAGGAAAGAUGGUGACUUUGAGAGGAAUGAUGAGAUCUAUGAUGCAAUAGAUGUGAAGGAGAAGAAACUAAAGGAAAAGCUCGAUUUAGAUAAAGAAAGGAAGGACAGAAGCCUUGAAGAGAUGUCUAAAGAAGCAGACGAAUACAGAUCACUUUUCUUUUUGAAAUCUUAAGUCUGACCUCUGUGCUGCAUAAACACAAACUGUAGUGGAUUCCCUUGUCAUUGAUAGCACAAGGGCCUGAUUGGAUAUGGAUGCUAGUACUUGAUUGACUUUCUCUGCAACUUUCUUCUGUGUGUCUGGAUGAAUCUUUUGAUUAUUGUUGAUUCAGUUAGUUUAUAUUUAGUAAUUGUACCGUGGCCAUCAUUUAUGUGCUGUAAUAACAAAGCUUUGUGUGAAAGUGUGGGUUUUUAUGCUU